UUCUGGCCAGAUACUUGAACUUUUACUCGAGUGAAAUUUUCACUCAGUACUUGUACUUUCACUUUCACUUUCACUUAUUCUUUCAGUAACAUUUUUGAGUACUUUUUACACCUCUGUCUAAAAGAUGCCGGACAUGAACCGUAUGCGACGCUGUGACUGACGGCUAGGUGCAUAUCAUGGAGCAGGACGCUUACGUGGACACUGUAGUUAUUGGAAAAGGAAAGCAGAGAAAAGAAUACACAAUCUACAGCGGCAAGAGACAGAUGGAAGCUCAUCUUAAAAAACGACACGAAAGCAGUCGAAGAGCUUUUCAAAAUCAUGAAGAUCGCCUCUAAGAAGAUACAUCUGCUGUGCAUGCUGAAGUGGAGUGGAAUCGCCGAUUUAAUCUCGCCGCUUUUCAGAUACUCCCGCACCAGCACCACAGACGUGCUCAAGUCUUUAACAGUCAACAGAGAUCUGCUGACUGUCCUUUCUCAAACAUUUUAUGGCGUCCCACCUAAAAACUCCAGCUGCAUGAUAGACGCGCUCCUCCUGCAUCACUCCAAGCUUGAGGUCUACUAUCCUAAAGGCGCCACACCAGUGAGAUCACUUAUCGCAUUAUUCAGUUUGUGGAAAAGCACGGAGGAAGAGUCCUGAUGAAAGCUCCUGUGUCCAGCAUUCUACUUGAUGAAAAAGAAAACGCAUACGGUGACAAAUAUCAAUGAAGAUUUC